UCCUAAGGUGGUCAGGUCCUUGAUGCAUCAAAAAACAAGGGGCAUCCAAAUCCAACCUGCACCUUUCGAAAUGGCUAGUAAGGUGAUUUCUCUUCAAACCAUUGACAUGAGUCCUUAUUUAAGAGAGGGCGACGAGAAGGGGAGGAAGAAGGUCGUGGAGGAAAUAUGGAAAGCAAGUACAGAAUGUGGUUUUUUCCAAGCUGUAAACCAUGGGAUUCCAGUAGAGCUGUUGAAGAAAACUCGGAGGAUCUACAGGGAAUUUUUUGACCGCCCAGAUGAAGAGAAACUCAAGUGCGUUCCACAGGUUUAUGAAAGGCCAUCUCCUGGUUAUUUCAAAAGCCAACAAUUCGGCACCAAGGAGGGGCAUGAGGACUUUUUGACUGUUGCUCCGGGCCGCUUGAACGUCUACCCCAAAGAUUUUCCUGAAUUCAAGCAAGUAUUGGAGGAGAUUUUUCCCUACCUCGUGAAAUUAGCCUCCGCAAUAGAGGAAAUUAUCAAUUCGGCUUCGGGCCUCCCUCCUAAUUUCCUCAAGGAGUACAACGAUGAUAGGAAUAGGGACUUUUUACUAGGCUUGCAUUACCCUGCAGCCGAAAACUUGGCAAAUAUUGGGAGAUACCCGCACGAAGAUGUCAAUCUUAUAACCUUUGUAUAUCAGGAUCAUGUCGGGGGGCUGCAAGUUCUGAACAAUGGUCAAUGGAUACCCGUGAUACCUGAUGACGAAAAAUUAGUCGUGAACAUAGGUGAUAUUCUUCAGGUACUGAGCAAUAAUAAACUCAAAAGUGCAACUCAUCGGGUGUUCAGAACAGAAGGCACAGAACGCGACUCGUUUGCAUUUUUCUACAGCCUGAAGCCGGACAAAUGGGUGGAACCACUGCCACAAUUCACUACAGAGAUUGGAGAGCCACCCAAAUACAGAGGGUUUCUCUAUGAUGAUUACAUGCAACUCCGACAAAGGGAUUACACCGAUAAUCAACCUGACAAAUAUGAAGACAUUGCCCGCAUUACCUAUUAUGCAAUCAACGCCUAGGUUGGUCCACAUAGCCGGUUGGUCCAGUCCAGUCUUUUAUAUUUUCCUUUUUGUCAAAACUCUCAUGUAUCACCCAACCCAUCUCCUCUUCUGUUCUUGCAUCACCCAAUUUAUCCCUUUCUUGGUGCUUGUGAAAUCAAAUAAUGGGUGAUGAAAUAAAACAAUGGGUGAUCUAUCAGGCGUCGUGGAUUGAGUACUUGUAUUAACUAAUGUUUUAUAGCAGAGGAGGAGGGAUGGAAUUGAGUGCUAAUUGUUACACUUAGCAUUUAAUUGCAGACACCCUCUAUUCUAAGCUUGAGCAAAAGGUCAAAAUAGUCAGUCUCUAAACUAUUUAUCAGAAGCUA